AUGCGCUCUUACGUUAAGGUUCUUGACCUGGAGGGGCCAGUUGACCAGCUCAGCAUCAUCCACGUGGCAGGCACCAAAGGCAAGGGCUCCACGUGCGCCAUGGCGGAGAGCAUGCUGAGGGCCAGCGGGCACACCACGGGGCUCUUCACCUCGCCCCACCUCGUGGACGUCAGGGAGCGGUUCCGCCUCAACGGGGAGAUGGUGCCGGUUGAUACGUUUCUGCAGCACUUCUGGUGGUGCUACGACCGCUGCAAGGAAGCAGCGUCCUCUCCCUCAUCCCCCAUCCCCAUGCCAGCCUACUUCCGCUUCCUCACUCUCCUCGCCCUACGUAUCUUCACACACACUCAGGUUGACGUGGCGAUUCUGGAGGUUGGGAUUGGAGGACGAUUCGACGCCACUAACAUUGUGAAGCACCCAGCAGUGUGUGGCGUGUCAUCGCUGGGCUUUGACCACAUGGAGCUGCUGGGAAACACCCUGGCUCUGAUAGCAGGCGAGAAGGCUGGGAUAUUUAAGGCAGGAGUGCCAGCAGUGACAGCGCCACAGGAGGAGGAGGCGAUGGAGGUGCUCCAGCAGCGAGCAGCAGAGCUGCAGAUUCCUCUCGAGGUGGCCAGGCCGUGGCACGAGGUGGCGCCAGGUGUCCGCGUGGGAUUGGCUGGCCGGCACCAGCAAGUCAAUGCGUCUCUGGCCGUCUCUCUGUGCCGCCAGUGGGCCAUCCGCAGCGGGAGAGAAGAGGAGGCAGAUGCAAUCAAUAAGGCCUUGGCCAAUAAGACGCUGCCACCUGCCUACAUCAAAGGGCUAGGGUGUGCCUCCUGGCCGGGCAGGUGUGAAAUUUUGCAGGACUGCCGGGCCGAGCUUGGCCAGGCUGGAAGUGCAGGCGGGCAGCUGACAUUCUUUUUGGAUGGUGCCCAUACAGUGGAGAGCAUGGAAGUGUGCGGGGAGUGGUUCUGCGAUGCCACUCAGGAUGGUGGGAGAAAUGCAGUGGGGGGUGGAAAGGGGGCUUUAGAGGAGGUUGGAGAGGGGGUUGAGCGAACAAAUGCAGGGGAAAGUGCCGCAGCAACAGCAGCAGAUGGAGCAGCAACAGGACCGACAGCGGUGCAAGGGUCAAGCCAAGUGGAAGGCAAGAUUCCUGUGCGGGUGUUGCUGUUCAACUGCAUGCCCGAGAGGGACCCACACACACUCAUGGCACAGCUUCUCAGGACGCUUGAGCGCAGAGUCGUCCUCGCGUCGUGUCUGUCGACGCUGCCAUUCAGGGCUCUAGUGGCUGCGCAGUACGAGGGCUCAGAAGGCGGCGGUGAUGACUAUAGCGGCGGCGGCGGAGGAGGAGGAUAUGGCGGCGUGAAGUGCGACCCGUCGUCCUUGACGGAUUAUGAUUAUUCCGUCAAAUUGAACGAUCGCGGUCUCAUUCUGCACUGGAAGACCGUCAACUCCACGACCAUCAACUUCGCCGCGCAAGCGCUAGCCGGCCCGGUUGCAGCCGGCUGGUUCGCCGUCGGAUGGUCGGGCUCGUCCGGCAGAAUGAUUCCGGGAGACGCUGUGAUCGGCAAUCUGCCUGGCGGAACAAUGAAUCCUUAUUAUCUGGGAUAUUACUCCAUGGAUAUGGUGGUUCCCACCAAUGACUUCAGCAUCGGGAGCCCCGGGAACGAGGCUCUGCUGACCAAGAACGCCGACAAUUCUAUCAUCAUGAAGUUCUCCCGCUCAGUAAAUGACGGCAAAGUGAAGGUGCUGCUCAAGGGAGUCAACUACAUGAUCUGGGCCUACUCGGACGGCUCCCAGACCCUUGCCCAGCACCCCCGCUCCAACAUGGGAUCCGUGCAGAUAGACUACAGCUGCUCCACGUCUGGCAGCAGCAGCAGCGGGUCCUCCUCCUCCCAGGGGUCGGCCUGCCAGCCCUCCUCCCUCGCCGGAUACAAGUGCUCCACUAAGCUCAGCGCCAACGCGUAUAUCCUGCACUGGGCAGUCAAUAAAGACACCACAGUGAGCAUAGCGGCACAAGUUGCCACAACAGGCUACAUUGGGGUCGGCUUUUCUAAAGAUGGCAAGAUGUCCAACUCUGAUGCAGCCAUUGGGAACGUGCCACCUGGCACGCUGGCCAAUGGGGCGGCAGUUGGACCGUACUACAUGAGCGGGCAUGAUCUGCAGUCCGUGCAGCCUACAGCCAUGUGGAGCGUUACAAACACGUCAGUUACCACUGCAAAUGGAUACACUAUCAUCAAGUUCACGCGCAGCAUGGGAACGGGGCAUGUGCCCAUCAAUGCGUUUGGCCCCACCACCAUCAUCUGGGCCUACUCGCCUGAUGGCUCCACCACCCUCGCUGACCACCGCAGCAACUAUGGCUCAGCCUCAAUUGAUUUCGUAAAGGGCACGGUAUCAGGCGGGCACGGCAGCAGCACGGCAGCCUACAUCGCGCACGGGGCACUCCUCUCCAUUGCCUUCGCUCUCCUCAUGCCCCUCGCCAUCCUCCUCGCCCGUCUCCUCCUCGCCGACCGCCCCGACGGUGCCCCCCUCAACCUCAACCGUGCCUCAUACAUCCAUGCUGACGCCAAUGGGAUCGCACCGUCACCCCAGCAACAGCCUGCAAAGAACCUCCGGCCGAUGGGGUUUCAGUUGCAUCGGGGCAUUCAGGUGUUUGCGCUGGUGGUGAUGGUGGCGGGGAUGAUUGUGAUUGCUGUGCAGUCCGGGUCAAAAGGGCUGAACUGGACGCAUGGGCAGGUUGGGUUGGCCGCGGUGAUUCUCGCGCUGGUGCAGGGGAUUGUGGGGUUCGUGCGACCGGAUAAAACCGCUCCGAACCGCUUCAUGUGGCUGGUGGCGCAUUGUCUCGUUGGCGCCACAACCAUUGCGCUCGCGUGGGCGGCCAUGUUCCUGGGCAUUGACCUAUAUCACAUCAAGUUCAUGGAAAACGUUACGUGGUGCUACUGGGUCUGUGGCAUGUGUGUGGGCGUCUUUGGCGUGGCUUACUUGGUGUUGGUCAUUCCCGACAGCAUUCUAUCGUUGAAGGGGCGUAAGGAUCACGGUGACGAUGGCAAGGGCACACCUGCUGCUUUUUAG